AUGAAAAAAACAUCAAAAUCAGAACAUGGAAAGAACAAUGUUGAAUGUGAGUUUAACAGAGAUAUUAAAGACACAAUACAAAUUGUCAGCACAAGUGUUAGAAGUCUGAAAAGGAAGAACUCUAAUAGAAAUACACCUGUUAAGGACAAGAAGAAAUCGUCAGAUGCAAGUGGUGAAAGGAAAAAACCAAGAUGUUUAAAUGAGAUUUUUAUGGAGAGAAUUAGUGGGUCAAAGAAAAACAAUGAAAAGGCUAAUAUUGGUGUGGAUAUGGAAGAUAAGGAAGAUGUUGUAGAAAGGAAAAAGGUGGUGCAAGAUGCACAUUCAAAGAAAAGUCCAAAAAGAAAGAAAGGAAAAGUAGAACAUGAAAAUGAUAAAAUCAAAACAAUGGGGGGGAAGGUCAGAAAAAUAAGCAAGGACCAUCCAGAAGGUUAUAGAAGACUUGUAACUAGGAUGACUCCUGGAAGGAUAAGUUCAGUUGUGAAAGUAAUGUCACCCACACAGAAAAAUGCGAUUGUGUCAAUGGGAUUUGGUUCACUUCAUAUUGACAUAGACACUACUCUGGGUUUACUUAACUACUAUCUGUUAGAUCACUAUGAUCUAGAUAGUAGCCGUCUAGUUUUGGAAAAUAUGGUCAUAAGAAUUACGAAAGACACAUUGCAUGAAAUGUUGGGUUUACCAAAUGCGGGGGAAGACUUUCUGAGGUUGAGUAGUUGUGAUAAGGAUAAUGAAGUUCUACAAGAAUGGAAAGGCCAAUACGACAAAAAAGGGUUCAAUGGUGAAGAAUACCUGAAAAUGAUCAAAAACACAAAGCAAGACAGUCUUAUGUUUAGGCUGAAUUUCCUGACCCUUUUCAUUAACACAUUUGCAGAAUAA